AGUUACUUACAAGAAUAUCAAUUCUUUGUUCUCGCUAGUCGCUCUUUGUCGCUAGUCACAUCUCAUUGCUUCAAUCCAAUUUCAAAAUUUCCGGUCAACCGUCGGACUCUGGGGCUUCCUCGUCUACUUUCCCCGUGACGUCGCCCGUUGUCUGAAAUUACAACACCUUCAGUUUCUAGGAAAGGAACCCUCGUCAAGACAACAUUGAUGUCUGUUGACCUUCGCACGAGCCUCAAUUGCUUAGCUCAUCCCGCGAGAUUUAUGCCUAUCUCCAGAACGCAACUCUCUAGAGUUCACACAGGAGAUAGUAUACAGGAUAUAUCAAGUAAUAAUAAUUAAAGCGCCAAAGGUUUGAGUAGAAAGCCGCCCAGCAUGGAGCACGUAAGCAACAGUGUUUCCCUUGUUGAGUUGAAGACGCGUUCUCUCAUCCCUCAAACAUGGGAGGGUCAAGUCCGUGCAAUCGGAAUAUCGGAGUACAAGGAAGCAGCGCUAUCUCUAGCGCAAGCCUUUGCUACUGAUGAAUUGGCACAGUACCUCCUCGAUUCGGACGACAUGGUCGGUGUCGAUGACGAGGUCAAAUGGAGGCUCCACGUCGACAUCUUCAACUACAUCGUGGCAGCUCACUGUUACAGGGGCAUCGUGACGACCAUCGGACCGGAUUACGAGGGUGUGGCGCUCUGGAUGCCGCCAGGCCAGGAGAUGGACGACUGGAUGACCGUCAUCCGCAGUGGUAUGUGGAGACUCUACUAUCAACUGUCUGCGGAGGGCCGGAAGCGCUACUACAAAGAGCUGCUACCGGUGCUCCACAACGCAAAGGUUGAGACCAUGGGUGACAGGGACAACGAGUGCUACUACCUGGUCUACCUGGGCACCAAGCCCGCCGGCCAGCGUAGAGGCUACGCGAGAAAGCUUAUCCAGCAGAUGGCCUCCAAGGCUGAUGCGGAGGGCCGACCCAUGUACCUCGAGUCCAGCUCGUUGAAGAAUAACUCUUACUAUAAGAAGUUCGGCUUCGAGGCCAAGAGAGACAUCUACCUCGGCGCCGACAGCAAGUCGCCCGUCCGCUUGACCAUCAUGGUCCGCGAGCCGCAGAAGCUGGCCAACUCGAUCCCCAUCAAGCUCAACGCCGGGUUUAAGAUGAUGUAAGGAUCGAUGAUUGAAAGUUUGCUGUUGUGCUGACGUUGCCGCUGCCGUGUUACGGCUGCUGAUGCUGUUGAUGACGAUGACGAUUGAACAUCACGAUGAAUAGCUGACAAAGGGAUUUAAUGUGUGAUCGAAAUGUUCUUGUGAUCCGAUGACGCUUCAGUGGUUGACAGACAGACCGCUUCCGUCUUUUCGCGUUUGCUUUUGCGUGGUUGUUGCUUUUGUUUUGCUUGCUUGCUUACUUACAAUUACACAAACUUUGCUUCUAGGACCUCGUAUGGGCUAGCUAGCUCUUGGAUUUUACUUUCUCACGCUCCUUUUUUUUGCUUGAUGACGACUGGUUAGGAAAUACCCUUUUCUAAUACUAGGUACGGGUUU